AUGGAUAUUUUUUUAAAAAAUGAAUCUACCAUUUGUCCCAACUGUAACUCAGUAAGAAACAUUACAGUGACUGUUAAGACAAAUGUUUUAAUUGAGCUGGUUUCUCUUCCAAAAGAACUUGAAAUAUCAACAAGUGUUAUUGACAUUAAUAUGAUAAGUGAAGUACAUCAAAAUUACGCUGGAGAAAUAAUGUGGGCAUUGGAUGAGAUACCAAAAACAUUAAAUAUAAAUAGCCAUACAGGUUAUAUUGUAACAGUAUAUAUAACAGUUAUAUGGUAUACGUACAGGACUAAGAGUGACAAGUGGUCACUAUAA